CAUUUUUUUCCUAUCAUUAGACUCAUAACUGUUGAUAUUCACUUAUUGAAUACUCGUUAGUCACAAUAGUUACGCAGAAACAAGAACUCCGGUGAUAUUUCUCCAUUUUGCUAUAUAUAUAAUUUGAAUUAUUUCAAUUUUCCAGAUCGAACAGUGUUAACAGGAUGAUGUUGAAUACUAAUAACCUCCUUGCUAGAGGAAUGCUGAAGAAUUUGAAGAGUUUGCAAUAUUUUUCUAGAAGACUAUACUCUUUCCAGACAUUGACCACCCCAAAUGAAAAUGCGAUCAAGUUUGUAUCGCCAGAAUGUGAUAUUUCUCCAAUUCCUUCUAAAACGUUUGAGUUUACUUCUUCUAUGCAAGCCAUUCAUUCUCCGUUGGCAUUGAAAUUGUUUAAGUUACCUGGUGUUAAGUCUAUUAUGUUUGGUGAAGAUUUUGUUACUGUUAAUAAGCAGGAUCACAUUAACUGGGCUCAUUUAAGACCUGAAGUGGUUGAGUUAUUGGAUAACUUUUUAACUAGUGAAAAGGAACCAGUCAUUACUAGAGAAUUAAUGGAAGAAAAUGAACGUUUGGAAGAAGCUGCGGAAGAAGAUUCGGAAUUGGUUGCUAUGAUUAAAGAAUUGAUUGAAACUAGAAUUAGACCUGCAAUCCAAGAAGAUGGUGGUGAUAUCGAAUACAAAGCCUUUGAUGAAGAAACUGGUACUGUUUUCCUUAAAUUACAAGGUGCUUGUAAGUCAUGUUCUUCAAGUGAAGAUACUUUGAAACACGGUAUCGAAUCAAUGUUGAAACAUUAUAUUGAAGAAGUUAAUGAGGUUGAACAAAUCUUGGACCCUGAAGAAGAAAUUGCCCUUAAGGAAUUUGAUAGAUUUGAACAACAAUUAAAAGCUAAGAAAUCUAAUCAAGCUUCAGCUCCUCCUCCAUCAUUAUAAGCUUAAUUCAUGAUUGCAUUAUUUUAAUUCUUAUUUAUUUAUUGGGUGU